AUGAAUGAAGGAGAAGUUAACGAUUAGGAUGAAGAGGGAAUCAUUUAUUGGAAUAAGAAAGUUAUCAAGAAAGCAUUUAAUGAGUGGAAGUAAAGGCUAAAUAAUAAAAAAGAUAUGUUCAGAAAAUUAGUUAUAGCCCGUUACGAAAUAGAAUUUAAAAGAAAGAAGAAAAUAUUUGAUUAUUUAUAAUAUAACAAGUCUUAUUCCUACAAUAUGAGGAUUCUUUUAAUGGAAUAGUCAGCAAGAAUUAAUCAAAAGCUUAAAGAGAAAGUUUUUAAAGGGUUUUAAAGUAUAAAAUAAAAGAAAGAGGUCAGAUCCGAAUUUUUUGCUAAGAUUUGCUACUUCUAUCAUGAUUUCAUCCUUCACAAGUACUUUAAUAUAAUGAAAAAUUAGAAAGAACUGAUUUGGGAGUAGGACUUUUAAAAACAAAAAGCAAAUAUAUUUUGGAAGUAAAGUCUUUAAAGAAAGUAUUUUUUGUGUUUGAAGUAAGCAAAAAUUAUGAAGCUUUAAAUUGACAGAGAAAUAUAAAAGAAGAUAAACAUUUGUAAGCUCAUAUUUAAGAAGACUCAUGCUAGAAUUUUUAUUAAGAAUCUAAAAGAAAAUGUCGAUCAUAGAAUAUAGAUUAAAUAGUAAUUUAAAUAACUGGCGAAUGCUAAGAUGAAAAUCUAUUUUGAUAAGCUUAAAAAUUAUUUGGUAAAGUAAUAAAUAAAAUAAAAAAGAUUAUAAUUAGCUGAUAGCUAUCAAUAAAAUAGAGUAGGAAAUUUAAUCAAACAAAAAUAUUUUAACUUGUUGUAAAAGAUUGUAAAAGAUUGCUAGGAUUUUAAAAGAAAAUAAAUCCUCAUUAAAAAGAAAAUGCUAAAAAAAUAUUUCAAUUCUUUUGUGUCAUAAUUAGAAUAUAACUUUAAUGUAAAUAUUUACUAUGCUGAUAAGCAUUUUGAAUAAAAGCUAGCUAAAAAAUUUUUCACUGCUCUAAAGCUCUAUUAGAAAAUCGUGCAUUAUCAUAAAAUAAAAAAUUAAAGAAAAAUAAAAUAUUUAGUUAAAGAUAUCUUCAACUCAUUUAAAAGUUAUUGGUAAAGAUGCUAAUUAGAGACUAAAAAGCGCUACUUAAUUACUAGGUCUAGACAGAAAUUUGUCAAACAGUUUGUGUGGAGAUAAUGGAGAGAUUAAUUACUGCUAAAGCAAGCUGAAGGAGAGAAACAAAAAGAUAUUUAAUAAAUUUCGAACAAAUAGUAUUUGAAGAAAUCAUUUUAGAUACUAAAAAAUUAUUAAAUUAAUUAAUAAGUUAAGAAAAAAUAGAAAAAAAUAAUAAACAAACAUUUACUUCAUAAAUAUUUUUAACUAGUUGUUAAGUUUUAUUUAAGAAAAAAGUCUGUAUAAGAAAAAGAGAGGCAGGCAAGGAAAUUUUACUUCAUAAAAUCAGUAAAAUAAGGUUUUUAUGAAAUGAAAAGAGUUUAUUUAAUUAAAAAAAAUAUAGUUCUCAAAAUAUAAUAAAAAGAAUAACAAAAUAACAUUUUGUUGGCUAAAUAAUCAUUUUAAAUAUUACUUUAAAAUAAAGCAAACAAAUAGAAAAAGAAAGCUAAAUACUAGAACUUUUUAAAUAAGAAUGUAAAUAAAUAGCAACUUUAAAUAUUUAAUGCUUUUAAACUAUACUCCAAAUCUAAAAUCUUUAAAAAAAUAGACUAACAAAAGCAUUAAAAAAAUAUUUAAAGCGGACUUUUGUAAAGAAUUUUACAAUCAUGGAAAAACAUAAUUUGCCUAAAAAAAAAUAAAAGAACUUAUUUUUAAGAAAAGUCAACUUUGAUAGCCAAAAAAAUUGCAUUUAAGAGAUUUGAGAAAAAUGUACAGGAAUAAAGAAUAAUUAAAAGAAAGUUAAGAGCUUUGAAACUAAAAAAAAUGAUUAAAAUGAAAAAGCUAAUAUUCACUCAUAUGAAAUAAUUUUUAUGGAAGAAGUAAAUAAAAAAACAGGAAAUAAAGGAAAAGGAGAAUCUAUACCUAGCUAAACUAUUGAUAAAAUCUCUAUUUGCAUGGAAACUCUACCUAAAAGCUCUUAGGAGAGCUAAAUAGAAAGUUAAGUAUGCUAUUGUUCAUUGGUCAAACCAGAAAAAAAAAAUUUCUUUCAAAAAAAUGUAAGAGUUUUUGUAAAUAAAGAAAUAAAAAAGAUAAGAAGAACUAGAUGCAUUUAGUUUACACAUUUCUCAUAAAUAGAAUGAAGUUUUGAAAAAAGUUAUUAUGAUGGGAAUCGAAAUCAAAGAAAGUAAGAUCAAAUUCUAAAAGAAUGAUUUAGUUAAAAUAAAAAUAAGGGAAUAAGAUUUAGCCUUUAAGUAUGGUAGAAAAUGGCUAGAUUUUUAUGAAAGAAGGAAAAUCUUAAAAAAAUAAUUAAAUUGUUAAAAUUAAAACAAGUAGUAGAUUUAAUAGCAGAAAGGUUUAUAAAACAUAAAAGCUUAGUAACCAAAAGACACUAUUGUUUUUGAUAGAAGUAAUAAAAGAUAGCAUGCCUAUUAAAUGAGUUUUUUCCCAAAUCAUUAGCUAAGCAAGGAGUCAUUUCAAAAUGAUUCUAUAAAUAUUUAAUAGUAAAAUAAAGUUUUCUUUUAAUAAAAUACACCAAAUAAACCACCAUCCUCUUAAGGAAACCCAACAUUCAGAUAAGGAUCUGAAGACAAAGCCAAAGAGAUUCUAAAUUGGUUUGAUAAAGAGUUUUUGGUUAAGAAUAAAUUGGUCCCUAAAAAAAUAUAAGAAAAUUAAUAAAACUAAGAUACAAUUCAAAUCCAGCGAAUAGGUGUAAAUGUAAAACAAAAUAAUAAUAAAAUCACCUAAGAAAAUGUAACUACAGCUAAAUAGCAAAUAUUCUCUUAAAACUAAAAAUAAAGUAAUAACAUAUUUAAUCAGUUAAAUGAAAUACCAGUUGAAGCACCAAAGAGUUAAAAAAAUAAUUCUGGAUAUUUUUAAAAUUAGUCUAACUAGUAAAUUAAAGUACGUAAUAGUUUGCUAAAUGUACAGUAAAAUUCUAAUCAUGUUCUUCAUUUGAGUAACAUAGCUUAGCUCCUUGAUUAAGAUCACUCUACAACUAUUAUUGAAGAUAUUAAAGAAAAAAAUAAAUAAUUAGAAUAAAUUAUUGCUGAAUACUAAAAUAAAAAGCAAUAGGGUAAUAAUGUAAGAGCAUCAGAAUUAAAAGCAUUAAUAUAAGAAAAGCUUUUAGAAAUUAAACAAUUAAAAAGCAACAUAUGA